AUGGACAGAGACUACUCACCUUCUGCUGCGAGUAUGACCUGUGCAUCACUAACACCCUCUUUCAAUAGCAGGACAUUUACAAGAUGUCAUGGAUGCACCCGCGUUCCAAAAAGUGACAUCUCCUAUACUACAUCAUUGAAAUCACCUGGAUCAGAUGAUGUGUCAGGGGAAAUCUAUAAAUAUGGUGGUCCUGCUUUUGUUCGGCGUCUUCAUCGGAUUAUCCUCUACCGUUGGAAAAGUGUCUUGAUCCGUCAACGCUGGAAACACGCAGACAUAAUCUCCAUCUUCAAGAAGAAGGGAGAUCGCUCAGACUGCAGCCAACUGCAGCACUAUCGACAUGGUCUUCGUCUCCCGCCUCCUGUUACAGAAGAGCCAGAACAACAGCGUGAUGCCUCGUUUGCCUUCAUUGACCUAACUAAAGCUUUUGAUACUACUAGCCGCCUACUACUAUGGAAUGUCCUGCAUAGGUAUGGAUGCCCUCCUAAGCUUCUUGCCAGGCUACGCCAGUUCCAUGAUGGCAUGCAAGCACGUGUGACAUUGGGUGGUGAUCAGUCUGACUACUUCAACGUUCAAGUCGGUGUUAAACAAGGCUGUGUCCUGGCCCCUGUCCUCUUCAAUGUGUUCCUUGUGGCUGUGCGCCGUGAUGGCAGUCUCUUCAACUUGAGGAGACUAAACUCACUAACACCUCUCUCUUCGAAUUACACGCAUUCUUCAUCUGACCUGGAAGGACAAGAUCCCACAUACAGAGAUCCUGAGACGAGCGAAAUUGACCGGUAUCGAAUGCAUAAUCCUCGAACGUCAACUGCGCUGGGUGGAGCAUGUUAUAAAGAUACCGGAAAACGGUAUACCCAAGAUUGUCUUUUGGGGGAGUUAGCAGAGAGUAACCGACCGCACGGAGGUCCAAAGAAGCGAUAUAAAUAUCAUCUCAAGAAAUCCCUUGAAGCUCUGCAACAUCCCCCUUGGUGA